AUGGCUCCAACAAGGUUCAAUGCAAAGCCCGGUGACCUGAUCGAGAUCUCCCGUGGGAUUUAUCAGCACUGGGCCUUCUACAUCGGUGGAGAGGAAGUUGUUCAUUUGACUACUCCAAAUGGUGAUUCAAACUCUUCUGGUUCUUCGUUGAUGGUCCUGGACAGCCCCAUAGGAAAGGUGAAGCGUGAGAACAUCAGGGACGUGGUCUGCUAUGAUGAAUUCAAAAUCAACAACCUCCUAGAUGACCAGCCUCGUGAGAGUUACAUCAUCGUGAAGGAGGCCUGUAGCAUGGUGGGUCUGGAGCUGCCGUACUCUAUCAUGAAAAGGAACUGCGAGCACUUUGUCACAGACCUACGAUAUGACAAGUCAGAGUCUCGACAGGUUACCACAGCAGCUGAGAUUGGAGGGGCAACUGUAGGGAUUCUAGUUCUGGGUGGUCUGGGUGCUCUGGUCGCAUCCUGGCUCAAAGAUUACAACAAAGAGGAAAGGAGAGAAGAAAGAAGAGAACCAAGGAGAGAACCAAGGAGACAUUACAAUUGGCAGCAAUGAGACAGCAAGAUGAAAGGAAAGAUCCUGCUAUUGUUUGAGUCAAUUCACCUGGCAGUGAUUAUGAUUGAAAUGUUGUGAUCUAUUGUCUUUGUUGGUGUAUUGCUAUCAACACACAGGUACACACACACACACACACACACACAACUUUGGAUAAGAUUAGGCAAGCUUUUGUGGAGAAAAAUGGAGUUAUAGGUGAAUCCAUGGCUGUUAUGUUUGAUAUUAGUGUUCGUUGGGUAGGUUGACCCCAUGGUUGUGUGUUUAAUGUCUGAAAUGUAUAAAAUGAUUAAUUUGGC